AUGUACAAUGAUGUUUUAAAACAUUUUCAUGAAUCAACAAUAACCAGAAUUAUUCAAAAAAGUAAAGAAAUACUUAGCACUGAAAUUAGCAAUCCAGAAGCAAAAAGACAUAAAUCUGUGAUUGUCCCCGAACUUGAAUUGGCUCUUAAGGAAUUUGUCUUAGUUUAUCAACACAAAGCAAUCUUGAGUGAUGCUAUUUUAGUUGAAAAGGCUAAGCAAAUAGCAACUGGGUUAGGAAUUCCUGAAGGGACAUUGAAAUUUUCUACUGGAUGGCUUGUAAAAUUUAAAAAUCGUAAUGGAAUUCAUCAAAUAAAACUUCAUGGAGAGGCAUCAUCAGCUGAUCUAGCUGCCAUUAGUGAUGCUUUACCAUUAUUGAGAG